GAGAGCGGCCGGACGGGAAUUUCCUUUCAAAGGUGACUUAGAACCUCUUCAUUAGGGUAGCGCCCUCCCGGGCGGGCCCUAAUGGCGAGUUUGGCAGAGUCAGCGAAACGCGGCGCGGCUGCCGGGCGGCGAGGAGCGCCCUCUCCCGCACCCUCGCCGUCUCCCGCGCCGGGCAGCGGCGCGUACGAGCCAUUUGCAGCUCAGGCAGCCUCGCGAGCGGCCGCCGCGCACGGGCCGGAGCUGGCUGCACCAUGGAGCUGAAGAAGGACAGCAACGCCGUAUCCAUCGACAUGCUGCUGAUCGUGCACUCGGAGAAGCGGCACGCCGCACAGGGCGCGCACUCGGACCGCCAGGCGGACCCGGGCGCGCCUCCGCAGCGCAGAGGAGGGCUUCAAGGUGUUGGAAACGGAAUCCGGAGAUGGCAGAAAUUAGAAAGAAAUGACCUACAUGGAAACCUGGUGGAGAAGCAGCACUCCCAGCAGACCCAGGUCAUCACCUCCUACGACAACCAAGGGACACAGCUGACUGUGGAGGUCCACCCUCAGGAUGCCAUGCCCCAGCUGCUCAAGAAGUUCUCCUUGGCUAAACGUUUACAAGGUGAUAAAAAUGGAAACACAAGAGCCCGGCAGCCUGGAGGGAAAGACGCCCACGCCUACCCCUGGGAUCGCUCCAGCCUGAAAUCCAUGCCCCUGGACCUGCGGCAGUUUGAGAAACUGGACACCUAUGCCUCACAGGUGACAGUCAAGAGCGGCCUGGACGCGCUGGUGAGCGACCUGCUCCAGGAGGCCCACAGUGACCUGGAGAGGGUCCGCGCCAUCUGGAUCUGGAUCUGCCACCACAUAGAGUAUGACAUCGAGGCCGCCCAGGAGAAGGACCGCCAGGCCUUCAAACCCACCACCAUCCUGCAGACCCAGAAGACCAACUGUGAUGGCUACGCUGGGCUCUUUGAGAGAAUGUGCAGGAUCGCUGGCGUGCAGUGCAUGACGGUGCCUGGCUACUCCAAGGGCUUUGGCUACCAGCCGGGGCAGAGCUUCUCCGGGGAGUUUGACCACGCCUGGAACGCCGUGUUCCUGGAGGGGAGAUGGCACCUGGUGGACAGCACCUGGGGCAGCGGCCUGGUGGAUUCUACCACCUCCAAAUUCACCUUCCUCUACAAUGAAUUCUACUUCCUCACCCACCCUGCACUGUUCAUCGAGGACCAUUUCCCGGACAACAAGAACUGGCAGCUGCUCAAGCCUCCUCAAUCUCUGAGGCAGUUUGAGAAUAACAUGUAUCACAAGAGUGAGUUCUACAACAAGGGGAUGCUGAGCGCCCACCCGCAGACCUCUGUCAUCAAAACAGUGAACGGGAAGGUCACAGUCACCAUCGAGAGCUGCGCCCCGACGCUGUUCAUGUUCAUGCUCAACGGCAAGCAGGAGCAUGGACUGCUGAGCCUCAGGAAGAACGGGAUGAAGCUGGACGUGUACCCUCCGACCGUGGGCACCCACAAGCUGCAGAUCUUCGCCAAGGGCAACUCGGAGAUCUACAGCUCGGUGCUGGAGUACACACUCAAGUGCCACUACGCAGACAUCGACGUCCGGCUGCCCGCGGAGCUGCACCAGCCCGUGGGGCCCAGCUGGUUCUCGGAGCAGAUGGGCAUCACGAAGCCGUCCCACCCCGAGCCCGUCAUCUACACCAGCGACGGGCGCUGCUCCGUCAGCUUCGGCGUGGAGGAGGGCAUCAGCGUCCUGGCAUCACUGCACGGGGACGAUGGCCCCGUCACCGAGGAGACACAGCGGCGCUACAUCUUCCAGCUGCAGCGGGAGAAGCGGACAGAGCUGAAAGUCCAGUUGCCCCACGCCGGCAAGUUCGCGCUCAAGAUCUUCGUCAAGAAGAGGCAGGAACCGGGCAACUAUGUCUUCGUCUUCAAUUACCUCCUGUGCUGCACCAACAGCAAGGUGAAGUGGCCCGUGUUCCCCGAGAGCUUCGGCAACUGGGGGCAGGACAAUGAGCUACUGGAGCCCCUGUCGGGCGUGCUGCCCGCCAACCACAACGUCCCGUUCAAACUGAAGCUGCACGGUGUCGCCAAAGCCCUGGUGAAGGGGCAGGACACAUGGCCCCUGACCCUGAACCGCGAGGGCUACUGGGAGGGCAGCUGCAACACAGCCGGCUGCCAGGAGGUCUACGUCAUGGUGCUGGAGAAUGCCAACCACAACUUCUACUCCUACAUCCUGAAAUACAAGGUGAACGCCCAGUGAGUGCUGGGGCCCCGCCACCCCUGCUCUGGGCAGUGCAGAGAGCCCCAGACACCCCUGAGUCUGCAUGGAAUCCCUUCUAGGCCUCUGCCUCAGUCUCGCUGCUCUGCCGCGGGAGCUGUGACGUUUGUGUUCUGGUGGCCGAGGGGACAGAGGCAAAGGCCCUUUAGAAGACAAAGGUGCUAUGUAAAUCUAAAGUAUUGUAAACUGUACACCACUGCCCAGACGCCCCCUUCUCGUGCUGAUGCUGUCGUUGUUAUCUGGCUGGUGUGGGAAAGCAGGGAUGCUGCCCGGGCCGAAAGCUUUUCCCAUGAUGGGGAGAGAGAAGAGGGCGUACUCUACGAGGCUGAGUCAUCCUGAAUCCUAGAGCCCCUUUCAAGGAGCAUCACAGUGUUUCUCACCAACUCCUGGACCCCAGGGGAGGCUGGACUGUCAUCUUUUUCCCAGACCUGACCACCUUCCGCAUUCCCGAUGCCACUUGUUGUUCCAGGGUCCGAGAAGGAAGGUGUGGAGAGGAAACUAACUGCCCCCCAGCUGACUAGGGGCUGAGGGCCUCCACAAUCCCUGUGUGUGCUGGGAAUGUGGCAACAGAAAAGUUAUGGGAGACUCCAAGGCCAAGAGCAGCCGGUGCCCGCUCUUGGUGUCCUGGGUAGGGGCCAGGAGGUGCAGGGAUACAUGGCAGCCCUGCCACCUGAGUCUAAGGAUGUAAGACCUCCGACUCUGCUCUCAGAGGGAGUAAUUCAGUCCACUCUGUCUAAGAGCAAUUCACUCGGCCCCUCCAGGCCCUCUCAGGCCCCCCCACCACACCCUUCACAGGAGGCCCCAGGAGGCUGCUGGGCCCUUGGGGAGCCCUGGAGAUAACCCUAAAUAAAGACUUUGGGUGAAGUAGUGAGAUUGCCGCAGUGCCAAGGGGCCCCCACGAUAACAGGGCCCUGCCAGCCCCAAGAUCCCUACCACCAAAGCCACACCUGGGGGGACCUCAACCUGUCUUGGGAGCAGUUUCUGUGCUGAACGCUAUCCUAUGCUCCCUCCUCCCUUUCUCAGACAAGAGAGACCCCCCAGGGCCCGCCUUCCGUAGGGACAGUCCAGAGCCCCUUACUUGCUCAGGCCUGAGAAGCAUCGCUGCCCAGCCGGCCCUUAGCAACACCUCGGGCCAACGUUGCCAUGGCAACAGCAGAAAGGCUGGCUCCAGCAAGGGCAGCAGGAAGGGAAGGAUGGAGAGGCCCCAAGAGGCCCUGUGUGGCCACUGCAGCACCAUCCCAGCACAUGGAGACACUGGAGGUGGUUCCGCCUGCCCUCCUGGCUUCUCCAGCUCUGCAGCCCCUGCCUAUCAGUGCCUCAGCCCCUGAGAGCCAGCACUGCCCAGCACUCUCCUCCGCACACUGUCGCUCCACAUGCCCGGACUCAGCUACAGCCAGGGUCCCCAGGGAUCCUCACAGCCUCCUGAGCCUUCAUCCUCACGUUUGUAUAUUCAACAAAUGUUCGUGGAGCACUUAAUAAGCACCAGGUACGGCGUCGGUUGACCUUUCAUGCUGGGGUUACAGAGGAAACCAAGGGGCCCUGCCCUUGCCAUCCCAGAGCUCAGGGUGGGUGGCAGCAGCCUCUCUUGCCCAGGCCUGUUUCAAGUUCCAGACUCCUAACACUUCAGUCCAUCAUCCCCCUAGGAUCUCUGCCCCGAAAACCCCCACUGUCACCCAGUAUGGGCCCGGUCCAGAGACGUGUCACUACGGGGUGCCCAUCCUCCACCAGGCGGGGGGCCCUGGAACUCAAGGGCAGUACACCAUGGAGGGCCAAGCUGCCCUGGCCUGUGUCCAGCCGUCCUCUGAUAGGCUCUGCCACCCAGGCAUUCAGCACCGUGUCACUCAUGUCUGGAAAAUGCACAAAGGCCGCAGACGCAGAACCGUUGUGCACCACAACAGGGAAACAAGGGGAGUUUCUACACCCUGAAAACAGCCUUUUCUCACCCCUUUGAUUUUAUGGGCUGAAAGAAAUGUGCUGUGUUUCAUCAAAAUAAUAAGUGCCUUCUAUGACUCAUGUCACUCCCUGGACCCAGAGCUGGCUGCUAGUCCUGCCGGGAACAGCAUGCAUCCUUUACAAAACAAUACAAUUAAUCUAUACAUUCUAGAGCACACAAAGGAUGCCACCCAGAAAAAUAAGAACUGUCCCUAGACGGCGACGGAGGCCCAGCCUCUCAAAGCGCUGGGGAGCAUCAGCGGCCCUCCCUGCUCAUUUCAACAGGCGCCCCCGCCCCUUGUAAAGACAGCUGUAGGCACAGUCAGACGACACGUGCAUUUCUUCCCACUAAAGUAAAAAUACAUGAAAUGAAAUCCAAUCUUCAUGAAUUUUUACACGCACGCUGCUCAGGGUAGAAUUCGGGGUUGCAUUUCGAAGUCUUUUAUUCAAAUCCCUAUCUUUGUUUCCCGGUCGAGGCGUUCCAGCGGCCAGCGGAAUGGCACGGGCGCCCCCUGGUGCCCGAUGUGCGGAGCUGCGGGCGCUGCAAAUCCCCUUGAGGCUGAAUCUAUCACCGGGGUUUUUACACAGAAUUUGAAAAAUGCAGCUGAGAUGUUUAUGUUAAAUUCACUGAGUGCUUUCUAGUGGCUUCUCAGCGCUUCCUCGUGUAUACAUGGAGCACGUCGUUGCCACGCACAAGUUGUGAGGCGAGACUGGGGCCCUUCCUGGCAUGGUGAGACGACGUGAAUGUAAUAGGAUUGGGGAGUAUUUUGGCCGGAAAUCCCUUCCCGUAGGAGUGGAUGGAACAGUUUGACCACACUCAUUCCUGCGCCAGUGAAGGAUUGGAACUGAUCGAACUCAGAGAGCUUUUGCUGCAAGUCCCCAGAAGGGCAUGGAGGAUCGUGGAGGGUGGGGGGAGUAGGAUGGGGCAAAUGGGCUACAAACACAACCGCAAUUAACUUCUUUUCAGCUUGUUUCGGAAGCGCCACCAGCACAGCUGGACUCCGUUUUCAAUCUGAUUGUGAUCAUUGUGUGUUCCCCAUAUGUUACAUUGUCCCACCAGGGCGAACCCCUCACAGCCUGCUGAGAUUAAAAGGAAAUAAAUAGAUUAACUGAAGCAUGAAAGAUUUAGGCUAGACAUAAAGUAUUUCCUGUUGUUAAGCAGGAGGGACAAGUUGCCAAGAAAGUUUGUGAAAUCCUCUUCUUAAAGGACGGGAAAAAUAGAAAAGUUUUCCCAGUGGUCUGGGGUCUUUGAUGCCACACUAACCGGAAGGACUAGGUUCUUUCCAAACCAGUUUAAUUCUUGAAAUACGCUCGAUCACCCACAGCAAACAGGGGACCAGAAUGGUAUGGUCGCAUCCUUUGCUGUCGGCUAAGCAUUCAGAGGUUGUCGGCAUCUGUGUCCCCAGUCAGUUUAUCUGAGGUCGAUCAUUUCUUUUCAUUUGGAUGAACAGUUGGAGCUCUGAAGAGGUGAUUAGUUUUCAUAACGUGUGCAUUGAGUUGUGUGGGCCACUGGCUGUUGAGUAUGCUUUCCCCCACAUUGUUGCUCGUGUUGUUUUUCAAUAAAAUUUAUAUUCAU